ACGGUGGAGACUGGCGGCACGAAUAUUUGCACCUUUCGUGAAUCUCAAAAAUCAUAUUCAUCCCAAUUGGAGCCCUUCUGACACUGUUUUGACCCGACCCGUAAACCAUUUCUUGAAAUUCUUGCUUAAGGUAUGAUUAUUAGAUACAAAGUUGGGUUUUCAUUAAUGUGAAGUUGAAAUGUUUUUUAGGUUCAAUUCCUUGUGUAGAACAAGAAAAGUUCUUGUAAAUUGCUGUAAGGUUAGUAUUGAAUGCUGUGAAAGUAGUUUGAUUAGCCCUUUUCACUGUGAGGGUGUUUGUGCUUAUUUUUCAACAAAUUCAUGGAGAAAUUCUUGUGAAAGUUCUCGUUUUGAUGCUAAUGUGUGUGCCCAAUUGGUUGAUAAGGAUGAUUUUGAUGGUGGGGGAGAUGGGUCUGUUGAAGUUGAGAACUUGGGUGGUAGAGGAGGUAAAGAUUUGAUCAUAAAAGGUUGCGGAAAUUUCGGGUUUGAGGGUGAUGAUGGUUUGGGUGAGGAUUCUGAAGAUGGAGGGGAAGAGGAUGAUGAUGGUACAGAUAAUGAUAAUGAUGAGGAGUUCAGGGUGUUGAAUUUGUAUGAUCGGAAUAGGAAAGAAAGGGGUGAUAUUAAUAGAGUUGAAGUUAGGGAAGAUGAAUUGAGGAACCCUUUGGUGAAGGAAAUAUGUAGACUGAUUGAUCGUAGGUCGGAUUGGACCCCAAAAUUUGAAGGUGAGUUAAGGCAUUUGUUAAGGAGUUUGAAGCCUCAGCAAGUUUGUGCCGUUCUACGUGCUCAGGCUGAUGAACGGGUGGCUUUGAAGUUCUUUUAUUGGGCUGAUAGACAGUGGCGGUAUAGGCAUGAUCCUAUUGUGUAUUAUGCAAUGCUUGAGGUUCUUAGUAAGACUAAGCUUUGUCAGGGUGCAAAACGGGUUCUUCGGCUUAUGACACGAAGAAGGAUUGUGCGUAGACCGGAAGCUUUUGGUUAUGUGAUGGUUUCUUUCAGCCGGGCUGGUAAUAUUAGGAAAGCAAUGCAGGUGUUGACAUUUAUGCAAAAAGAAGGUGUUGAACCUGAUUUAGGUAUAUGUAACACCGCAAUUUAUGUUUUGGUGAAGGGGAAAAGGAUGGACAAGGCACUGAGGUUCUUGGAGCGCAUGCAGUUGGUAGGUAUUACGCCUAGUGUCGUGACUUACAAUUGCUUGAUUAAGGGUUAUUGUGACAUGGAUCGUACUGAAGAUGCAAUAGGGCUCAUCUCUGAAAUGGCUUCAAAGGGUUGCUCCCCGGAUAAAGUUAGUUACUAUACUGUGAUGGGGAUCCUUUGCAAGGAUAAAAGAAUCGAAAAAGUGAAGGGAUUGUUGGAGAAAAUGACGAGGGAAAAUAAUCUGUUACGUGACCAGGUGACGUACAACACUCUUAUCCAUGCGCUAACCAAGCAUGGGUAUGGAGAUGAAGCUAUAAGUUUCUUAAGAGAAGCUGAAGCUGAAGGGUUUUGCAUAGAUAAGGUUGGUUAUAGUGCGAUUGUUCACUCGUUCUGUCAGGCAGGAAAUAUGGAAAGAGCUAAAGAAGUUGUCAAUGAAAUGUUCACAAAAGGUUGCAUCCCUGAUGUAGUCACUUAUACUGCUGUGAUAAACGGGUUUUGUCAUAUAGGAAAGGUGGAUCAAGCUAAACAGUUAAUUCAACAAAUGCACAGGCAUGGUUGCAAGCCCAAUACUGUAUCUUAUACUGCACUGUUGAAUGGGCUUUGUCGGAAUGGCAAUACAUCUGAGGCAAGAGAGAUGAUGAACAUGAGUGAGGAGGAGUGGUGGACCCCCAAUGCCAUUACGUAUAGUGUUGUGUUGCAUGGAUUCCGGAGGGAAGGAAAGUUGUCUGAGGCCUGUGAGGUAGUUCGUGAAAUGAUUGGAAAGGGAUUUUAUCCAACUCCUGUUGAAAUUAAUUUGUUGAUUCAGGCUCUUUGUCAACAAGGAAGAGCAGAUCUCGCAAAGUUGUUCAUGGAUGAGUGUUUAAAGAAAGGAUGUGCUGUUAAUGUGGUGAAUUUCACAAGUGUUAUUCACGGGUUCUGUCAAAAGGAUGACCUAGAUGACGCCCUGUCAGCAUUUGAUGAUAUUUAUUUAAGUAAUAAGCACCCUGAUGCAAUCACAUAUACAACCAUUAUUGAUGCAUUAGGAAAGAGAGGUAGAAUAGAGGAGGCAACUGAAAUGGCAAAUAAAAUGCUCCAUCAAGGUUUGCUUCCUACUCCGGUUACAUACAGGACUGUGAUCCACCGAUUUUGCCAGCAUGGCAGGGUGGAUGAUCUAUUGAAACUGAUUGAGAAAAUGCUAUCAAGGCAAGCAUGCAAAACAGCAUAUAGCCAGAUUGUUGAUAAACUUUGCACCUUUGGAAACCUUGAUGAGGCUUAUAAGCUAUUGGGAAAAGUUUUGAGGACAGCUUCAGUGGUUGAUGCAAAGUCCUGUCAUUUGCUUAUCGAAAGUUAUCUGAAGAAAGGGAAUGCAUUAGCAUCCUAUAAAGUGGCCUGUCGAAUGUUUGGUCGCAAUCUAGUUCCUGAUUUAAAGUUGUGUGAAAGGGUGUGCAAAAGAUUGAUGUCAGAUGGAAAAGUGAAAGAGGCUGAUAAUCUUAUGCUAUGUUUUGUUGAGCGUGGAAGGAUGUCACCAGAGCGUAUGCAGGAUCUGCAACUGUAGAGAGAGUAUCUAAGUUUGAGUUCAUCAAUACAAGGGAGCAUUACAUUGGAAAUUUCCUCUACUAAAAUUUUGUCAAGACUUACAGCGAAGUACAGUUCAGACUAUGCCAAAAUUUCAGUUCCUAUAGUUGGAGGUUCUUUUUUCCCAUUAGAAAUCCGAUAUAUAUAUAAUUUGGUCAGAUAUGGCUGGCUGAGUUGAUAGAGAUUUUCUGGAAAGAUUAACGGACGAUCAAAUAUCUUUGUAGCAUACUCUGAAUGAGCUUUCAGGAUGCUUAAUGGUGGAAGGAGAAAAUUUAACUGCAAAUUAAAUUCGUCUUGAAGUUGUCACCAAAAUUGUACAGAACAGGGGACUUCUUGGUUGUACAUCUGUUUGUGGAUAAUUUUUAAUAAAUUCGUAGCUUAAUGGAGUUGAUGGUAGAAAAAAUUGGUAGCAACAAAGCCAAAGCUAGUUUGAUAGCUACAUUAGCUAGAGAUCCAGAAACUUGGUAGCAACAAAGCAAAAGCUAGUUUGAUAAAAUUAUGGGAGAGAUGUAUUUCGAUCUUUUAGUGUUUUUCUUUAUACAUAACUUAAGGCCGGAAUCUUGGUUA